UAAAAUUCUACAAUUAAAUAUUCUGUGUUAUUUUGAUGGCAUUUUCAAUUAAUUCACAUUUUAAUUAUAGAGUUUUGAGUUAUAUUAAACUCAAUUAUCAAAUAUUAGUCUAGAAUAUAGAAACAUAAAAAUAUAUUAAGAUUGAUAUAAGCACAUUUUAAAAUUAAAUAAAAUCUUUUUUUAUUUAAGAAAGCAUAAAUUAUGGGAAUUUCAAGAGAUAGCAGACACAAAAGAAGACUUACAGGAGGUCGUAUGCCAAUCCAUAAGAAGAAAAGAGCCUUUGAGAAAGGAAGAUAAGCUGCAAUGACUAAAUUAGUAUCUGGAGAAAAGAGAGUAAGAAGAUUAAGAGUGAGAGGAGGAAAUUUCAAAUUUAGAGCACUUCGUUUAUCAGAAGGCAAUUUCUCUUGGGGAAGCCAAGGUGUUGCUAAAAAAGCUAAAAUUGUUGAGGUGGUUUAUCAUCCAUCCAAUAAUGAAUUGGUCAGAACCAAAACUUUAACAAGAGGUGUAAUUGUCUAAGUUGAUGCUACUCCAUUUAAAUAAUGGUAUGCUAAGAAAUACAAUGUUGAAUUGGGAUCAAAGAAAAAGAAGGUAAUUAAUUAUUAUUAUAAUAAUAGGAAACAACAGGAGAUUAACCUAAGAAAUUAAGUUCAAAGUAAGAGAAAAGAAUUAAGGAAAAUGUUAUUGAUUAAUUCGUCUAAGAAUAAUUUGCCAAUCAAAGAUUGUUAGUCAGAAUUACAUCAAGACCAGGAUAAUCAGGAAGAGCAGAUGGCUAUAUCUUGGAAGGAAAGGAAUUAGAAUUUUACAUUAAGAAAAUUGAAUAGAAGAAGAAAUGAUUUCAUCAUCAAUACAUUAAAUUGCAUAAUAAUAGUACAUCCUAG